CUUCCUGGCUACCCUCUAAGGAGCUUCAGCACUCUGCCACUAGGACCCAGGCUCCUGUCUUCAGCUCGCACCAGAGCAGCUCCCUUGCUUCCUGGCAUUAUGAGAGAGAGUGGAGAGCAGGGCAGGGACCUGUGAGGUGGUCCGGGGCCUGUAUUCACCUUCUCUGUCCACACUCAGGGCUGCCGGGGGAAGCCUGUACGCAGACAGCAGCUGGCUGGACUAGCCCACCCUUCUGAGGACGUCUCCUGGGAGCUCCCCCAGGACUAAUCUGGGAAUUACCUGUCCUGUCCAGAGCUCGAGUCCAUGGACCUGGGCCAGCAAGCAGGCACUCUGACCAGAUCCUCCCUGAACAACAAGGAAAGCCAGCAGGACACGAGCUCCUGCAGAACUGCCUACAGCCCCUCAGACACCUGCAAGUUCACGUCCCAGGCUCCAGACUCCCCACAACCAUCCCUGCAGUGGGGGUGCAACCCUCGAGGCAAAUCCCCGGGGCAGGUCCACCUUGAGGAGCCUCGGCUUCUAAACUCUCGGGCCAGCAGCCAGGAAUGCCCCAGUUGGGAUCUGCAGCCUGAGGCCCUGAAGAUGGGGGACCACAGACCGCCCUCAAAGGAGAACUGGACCACCCUCCAAAAGGGGCGUCAGCUGCACCAGUGUCCAGCGGAGGGUCCCCAGGAGGGGUCGAGGAUCCCAAGCAGCAUUAUCCCCAGCAAUAUCCGCCAUAAGUUUGGGAGCAAGCUCGUGGACCAGCUGGUGUCUGAAAACCAGGCUAAAAAGGCUAUUAGUGAAGCCUUGGAGGUCCAGAAUAGGGCUAGCUCAUGGCCCAACAGGAUCCAGAGUCCCGGACAGCCCUCCAACAGCUUCUCAGACUACUACGAACUGGGCUACCACCUGCGCUCCAACCUCUUUCCAGGAGCCACAGAAGAGGCGAAGAGCCUCAUGAAGGCCUCCUACACUCCAGAGGUGAUUGAGAAGUCAGUGAGGGACAUAGAACAUUGGCAUGGCAGGAAGACAGAUGAUCUGGGACGAUGGCACCAGAAAAAUGCUAUGAACAUGAACUUGCAGAAAGCACUGGAAGAAAAAAUGAAAUCCAGGAGCUUAAAGAACUAGAUGUAAGUCAGAAGAAGUGCCCUCUGCUCGGAGACAGUGCUUAUAAAUAAAGGCACAAGUUGGAACCCUU